CAUCAAUAUAGCUUCAUAGUGCAAACGGUGUAUUAUGUAUUAUGAGCAAGCUGAGAGAUUCUAUCAAGCGCUCAACUCCACAUGCUAAAACAGUCUGAUCUUACGAUAAACUCGCGAUUGGCGAGCGAGCUAGGAUAUGAUACGUCUUAGCGGGCUGCGAUAGGAGGCGAGCCGCGCAAUGCUGAGACAUGAAACGUCGCGGAGACGCUUGGGGUCGCAGAAUCUAACCAUCCGAUCUCUGACAUUUAGAAUUUAUUUUUAAUAUUCUCUUUUGCAAUAAUCCAAUUCAUUUUAUUUUUACUUGUUUAUUGGUUUUUUUUUUCAUUUAGUCAUCCCGUAGUCUAUCGGGCUUUUCGUUGUCUCAUUCUCUUCUUACCGGGCCGGGAUCCCGUAUUUUUAUUCAAUUUUAAUACGUUUCGCUUGCGAGUCGGGCAGCAGGACUGUAUACAAUAUUUUGUUAUAAAAAAAAAAGGGCUAAGCUUCAGCGAAGAUGAAGGAUCAUCGGAAACCCAAGGACUUGUAUCGCAAGCUUAGCAGGGCUCGCGAUGAGGAUCGCGACGACUCCAGUAGCACGGACGUUGAUCUAGAGGCGCUUGACUUAAACGAGAAAGACUACAUGCACGAAACGACAACAUCACGAACGGGAUCGAGCGAGAAGAGCGCGUUUCUCGCCAUCCUUAAGGAGCACAGAUGGUUAAUCGACACAUUCUUAUUAGUGGUCAUUGUGCUGUUGCUUCUAGGAGGUGACUUUCGACGGCACGGGAGAGAACAUUUCUUUGAAGGAGGUGGCGACUUGACGGGGUUUGCGCCAGAGUUUGGGCAGAAGGUCACAACUUUCUCUCCGGAUCCUUCCUUCGUGCCGGAAAACACCUCCGAAUUCUUCUCGGAAGAGACUCGGAAGAAGUGGUUAAGUCUAGUGCCGAAGGGCCUCGGAUACCUUGAAAUUAAGGACCCGCAAGAAUACGACAAUUUACCGGCGCAGUUAAACUCGUAUCCGGAUCAGUUCGUCGUCACCUCAUCCAUGACACACCAACUUCACUGUCUGUAUGCCAUUGCCGAGGCCUAUUCGGCACUUACAUCAGACGCGAGCCGAGUACCUCAGGAGACGCCAUGGCACUUAACUCAUUGCUUUGACUACUUGCGACAGAGCAUCAUGUGCUGUGGAGACGUCGCAUUGGAAGGCGAACAAACUACCUUCCCUGAGGGCUUCGACGGCAGCGAUGGAUGGGACGCAAAGCACGUGUGUAAGAAUUAUGGCGAGGUAUAUGAUUAUCUCGAGAAGAAUCGAGCCGACGACAAAGUUUGGAUAUAGAUUCAAUAAGACCGAAAUGAUGGAAACUCAACGGUCAUAUGCCAUGGUGUUUAAAUGGAUUGGA